UUUCUUUCUUCUAUGGCUGUCCUUUCGUUAUCUUCUUUUCUUUUUUUGGUCUGUCAGUGGAGCUUUGUAGAUUGAUCUCCAUUAACCUUUGCUUCUUCAAGAAUAAGCUUAGAACAUCUUUCAAAAAAUGGAUUCCUCUUUGCAAAAACUGCUUAAAGAAGAAGGGUUUGAGAGAGGGAAGAAAAUCAGGCUUAAAAAUCGAAGCGGUGCAAACCCAGAUGAGUCUAUAGCACUGCCUAUAUACAUCUGCCAUGAUAGGAAAAGCUUGGAAAGUUCGAAGCACAAGGCCAAGGAUACCAUUACCCGAAACGAGACCUCGGUGUUUUCGUCUAGAAGGGUAUCGAAUUCGGAUAGACCGAAACCCAAGCCAUUGAUAAACGAUGGUGGUAGUGGUGCUCCAAGGAGAGAUGAGCCUGCAAUCGAUGAAGUCGCCAUUAGAGCAGUGAUAUCAAUUCUCGGUGGCUACACCGGUAGGUACAUUAAAGACGAGAGUUUCCGGGAACUGAUCAAAGAAAAAUACAACUCUUGCUUAGCAAGGAGAAAAACCGGCUCCGAUGAUGAGAUUUUUGAGAAUCUGAAACUUGGUAUUGAGAGCAUCGACGACUUGGUACAAAAUCCGUGUAACAAAAAGGAACUUAGAGUGAAAUCGUUGAGGAAUUCGAUUGAGCUUUUGAGCAUUGUUUCUUCCUUGAAUUCUAAGAAAUCGAGGAAUGGUUCAACUGGCGGUGUUCCCAAUUCUCAUCUCUCUGCAUGUGCUCAGCUGUACUUAUCUAUAGUUUACAAGCUGGAGAAGAAUCAUAGGAUUUCCUCCAGGCAUUUGCUUCAAGUUUUUGUUGAUUCGGCUUUCCUAGCGAGAACCCACCUGCUUCCUGAUCUAUGGGAGCAUUUGUUCCUUCCCCAUCUUCUUCACCUUAAGGUUUGGUACCACAAAGAACUUGAACUUCUCUCUAACUUUGAUCAUGACGAGAAAGAGAAGAGAAUGAAGGCCUUAUGUAAGCUCUACAAUGACCAAAUGGACAUGGGAACAGCCAAGUUCGCUAUGUACUAUAAGGAGUGGCUUAAAUUUGGGGCUUUAGCCCCAGCUGUUCCUCCGGUGCCUUUGCCACCAAAUCCCUGUUCCGGAUCAUCAAGAAGGCGAUCAUCUGAUUCUUUUGUUUCACGUUCUUCAAUCAACAAAACUUGUAUCGAACUGUGUUUGGCACGACACAUGAGUUGGAAUCAAAGGUCAGAGCAUCAAUCGACAUAUGUCACCUUGAGGCAGAAGAAAAUGAAUGCACCGAUGAAGAAGACUACAAUGGUUGCAAUUAUGUUCAUAACUUGACGAAGACACGUAGAAGUUCAUCAAGCCAGAUUCCUCGAACUCCGAAAACUGAAGUAUGGCCAG